AUCGUCAUGUCUCGCCCCCCCUUGAUUUCAACAGUCCAACGGGUACCGCCAACCGCAUCCACAUUCGACCGCCGACGGCCGGACUGACAACCGCGCGUCCACAACCACCGAACAGCUCAACACAAACAGUUGUCUAGAGAGAGUGUGCCCUUCACCACCACGACCCACCAACCAGCCCGGCUGCGAAUGGGGUUGACGACCCGACGGAGCGAGCGGCGUUAGAAAGCGGCUCGGAUCAGCAAGGAGAAGCAGCCGCCGACCACAAGGCCGCUGAAUGUCGCGAUAACCAACAACCCACAAUCCCCCGACCCGCGCCGAAACAGACACAAUGUCGGAAUCGUACGAGCGCGAGCGCCAGAACAACGCUCGCCUGGAGGAGCUGUCCGCCAAGGUGUCGGCGCUCCGGGGCGUAACGGUAGACAUCUACGACAACGCGCGGGCGCAGGACGUCAUUGACAAUACCUCCGACACCUUCUCGUCCAUGGGCGCGCAGCUCAAAAACUCCACCAGCCGCAUCGGCCGCAUGGCCGCCUCGGGGAACAAGGUCGCCAUCCUCAAGCUGUCGGCCAUCCUCAUCGGCAUCUUCCUGGUGCUCUACUACGCCGCGAAGCUAUUCUUGUGAAGAAAGUAUUGCCGGAAAUGAAUGAUAAUAAAACAACCGUUUCUCAGCCGACCUGCCCCCGAAACCAGCCAGGCAGGAUGCUGUCGCGGCGUAGCCAAAUGGUUGCUGUUGUAUAACACAAAGCAUCCGGGUUCGAGCUUUUGAGCUUUUGGCUCACAUACAGCCCACACUCCGGGUUCUCCGUUAGCGACGAAACGAAACAUACGCAUCUUGAACCCGGGAUCCGACGCCCCCAAAAAGGAUGCAACGCGCAGUUGAAGGAGCCCUGGCGGCCAGCGCGCGCGGCCUGGGUAUUGAACAGAGAUCCAUCGGGGUGCCGUCUCCCAUAGCUCGAGAGCAUAGCACGGCGUCCGGGGUCUCCCUACUUUUGGUUAUCGUUUUGCUUUAAGCGUGUGCGACGUUUGUCAGGAUAAGAUAUAGAACAGAUACGACAUUUAGCUUUGCUUGCAGCUUGCACAAUUGUACCCAUGCUUCGAACACCAAGGAACUCAGAGACGCUUCUGUUGACUGUCGUCUUUCUUGUGUCUAUAAUCAUGCACAAUGGCCGAAGACACGCUCUUCCGAGAUAGACUCCUUAAAUGAACUGCGUGUGUAUAAGUCGAGAUGCAAAGAGCCAGACGCCGAGCAUUCAUAUACAAAGAAUCAAGACAAUCCGUC